AUGCCCCCUGCAGAUAGCCCUCCAGCGCCCGGCUGCGGGUCUCCGAGUCUGGCGAAGAAUUUCUCGAGAACGCCAACGUCGUGGGACGCCCAGGACGAUUUGCUCUUGAUGCACUUGAAAGACACCCAAAAGCUCGGAUGGAAAGAGAUCGCAUCCCACUUCACCAACAGAACGCCCAACGCGUGCCAGUUCCGAUGGAGGCGGUUGAAGCUGGGCAAUUUGAAGAACCCACCUAAGCUGUCUCAGGCUCUUGGUGGUCUAGCGGCAGCGGCCAUCGCAGCAGGAGGGUCCGGGUCAGAUAGCGGUACUUCGAGCCCAGCAGGGUCAGUGUCUGCAGCCAAGGGGAAGCCCAAGGGCGCUCGCCGCCUGUCAGAGUCUCAGACCCCCAAGAUCCCUCUGGUGUACUCACCCCAUGCCAAUACAACCUUUACUGGGUACGAUACCGUGUCGACGGCGCUAGCGGGGCUCAAUGCUUUGUCCAACCUGAACAGUGGAUCGCCGUCUGGUCCGAUCAACACAACGUCUCAUCUGCAGACAUUUGACAAUCUGCCCAAGCUGGACGUUCCGUUGGACCCGCAGUCGGCUGCUGCCAGCGGCUCGAGUGGAGGCUACUUCACAGAAAUCUCCAUCGACCCCACGCUGAAUCUACCACAUAACCAGCCCCACCCAGUGCCCAGCCCUCUGGGCAUCACACCACGAAACUCCACUGUCGACCAGCAUCCGCCACAAAUGCACAAUAACUCCAUCAUCCAGAUUGUGCGUGAUGAUAGAACGUCGGUUCUGUCGCUGCGGCUCUCUGUACUGAGUCUUCCAUCGAAAUCUAUGAACAUCCCCCAUCAUCAGCUGAACAACAGUGCGUUGGCUCAUUUGCCCAUUUUGUUUGGUGGAAACAGUAUAAGCGGGCCUUCCACCGGUGCCUCGGUCCUGGGUCCAGCGGGACUUCCACAUUUGGCAUCAACCUUGUCAAGCAUACGUAAUGGCUCCAUUGUGGGUACCUCGCAGCCUCUUCGAAGGCUGUCGAUGCUGGUGGUACACACAGAGAGAAGAAACUCUGUUCCGAAAUUUUUGAAGAAGAGUGAAGGCGCAGAGAAGGAAAACAAGGAUCUGAAGGACCUUAAGGACCUGAAGAGUCUGAAAGAUAGCAAGGAUGAUGAAAAGAAGAAAGACGCAAAGUCUGGUCGAAGCUCUACGCAGCCGAUUUUCAAGAUCCCAUGGUCUAUGGAGGAAGACGAACUUUUGAUUAACCGCCGUCGUAAAGAGCUCUCGUUUGCUGAACUACUGAUUUUGCUUCCCCAACGAACAGAGGGAGAAAUAUGGGCCAGGAUAGACGCUCUCGAGCGUCUUCGCAAUGGCCACAGGGCGCUGGUUUCCAAAGAUCAUAUUCGACGCCGGCAGUCUUCUCUUGGCCUCGACGACGUCGAUGACUUCUACGAUGAAGUUGACUCUGUUAUCGGUGGGAUCGACUCCGACGAUGAUGACGACGAUGACGUGCUACUAGAUGUAGACGACUCAAUUCAGGGCCACGCACGCAGACAACGCAAGAGGCGUGCUUCCUCAGCUGUCAAUCCACUCUCCGUGAGAGACGGGAUACGCAGAAAGCUUCACUAG